GGUUGAACUGCGGGUCAUUAGAUUCUUGCGGUACUCAGUGACAUGAUUUCAGACCUAUGGCUGCUGGCUUUACUUGCACUCAGCGUUAAUGCCAUAUAUGAAGAUCAGGUUGACGUUCUAGAUUGGAAUCAAAAGUUCGUGGGGAAAGUAAAGUAUUCAAAAUUAAAGUUUGAUGGGACUACCCCUAAAAACUAUUUUGUGGGUUCUGAACUCAACGUUAUUAGCUCUAUCAAUUUAAAGGAUGGGUCAAUUGUUUGGCGACAGGUACUUGACGAGGACGGCGAAUUAACUGGAUUUGAAUUGUGUGGCAAUAAGUUGUUUUCUCUUUCCUCCAAGCAUGGGACUAAGCUGCGUGCUUGGGACAUUAAGUUUGGUGGUGUUUUAUGGGAGAUUUUAAUAGAUUCUUCUGAAUCAUCCAGUGGAGACAUUUGGUGUGAUGAAAACUCAGGAAUUUUGGUUGUUGCUUACGAUAAAGGAGUGGAUACCUAUCGUCUUCAAACAGGUGAAAAGCUUCUAUCUGAUAGAAAUAUGAAUUCAAGUUCUCCUAUUCAAAUAAAUAUAGUUUCUGGGAAAACUGAAUCCAGUUCGACAAUCUCACUAGUCGAAAAAUAUCUGGAUAAGAGUGAUCAUCUGGAUAUUGAUACACCUGAAUUAUCUCAUAUAAUUAUCAAAACAUAUCCAAUUUCAAGUUCUGGAUUGCAAUUAACCCCUAUGGUCAUAAAGAACCACACGAUUCAGUCGUCUGUUUAUAGCCAACACUCGUGCAAUAUAUUCGGGUUACAUAACACACCAACUGAUGCUGUCGUUGUGUGUUUAUCGUCGGGGCGUGGUAGACAGGGAAGCGUGCUUAGAUUUUCAUCUGUUUCAUCGUCGAAUUGGGACGUCAUCACAGUGAAAAGCACCUUUGAAAAUAUGGUUAAGCUAACAGACAAUGAUUUUCUGUUAACCUCUUCAUCGUUGGAGCCUACCACUGGGGCCGUAUAUCAUUUAGAUCCCUCUGGUAUUCCAGUUGUAAAAUACUUUGUCAAUAAUGCUAUGAUUGGAUGUUUGGGAACGCUAAAUGGUCGAUCGUAUUUAUUUACACUUCAUCACAAUUCAAGUCAGGAUUUUAAGAAUCUGGCUCUAAACAUCUAUGAUUUAGAAUCUGGUGAAUUAUCCAAAGAACUACCACCUCGUCAUUUCACUCUUGCUGGUCAUCAUGGUACAAUUGAAUCAAUAUCUGUUAUCAUGUUUACUGAUGCUACUGGUGCUCCGAGUUUUCGAUUAUUACUACAUACAGAAGAUGAUGCUGUACAACUAAUCCGACAAAAUGGUAAACAACAAUGGAUUCGUGAAGAGGCGUUAGCAAACAUAGUUGCUGUUGAAGUAAUCGAUUUGCCUGUUUCAGAGUUUCAAGCGAAAAUUGAAGAAGAGUUUAAUCAUGCAAGCAACAACAUUCUGGAAAUGUUUAUUCAACGCUUAAAAACACAAAUGUCUCAAUUAGUUGUAUGGACGAAACAUUGGAUUUCUAACAUGCCAAAUUUAUUCAUGACUAUACUGUCGUCAUCGAAAUUAACCACUUCACUUUUCAAGUAUUCACCCAAUGGUGAUCUAUCAAAACGUAGAGUGCUACCAUCAUCUUCUCCUUCUUCACAUGACUAUUCAUCAAAUGAUCCAUCAUCUUUGUCAAGUUUUUCACAUAGUUUUCCACCUAGAUGGCAAUUUUCAUCACAAAUUCCUUCUCUACACAUCAAUAAUUCUACUAACAAUGAUAAUACUAUUGACAAUGUAGAUGGCGAUAAGCUAAAUUUUUAUAAAUCAUCUGAAAUAGAUCCCAAAAUAACGUCAUGGGAUGAAAAACUUACACGUGAUAAUUUCAAUGUUCAUAAAAUGUUGGUUGUAGCUACUUCAGUUGGAAAACUGUUUGGUUUAGAAAGUGAACGUGGACGUAUUGUUUGGGAUUAUUUUGUCCCAUCUGCAAAACUUUUAGCUAAUGGAAAGCUUGCCCUCUUCCAACAGCGUAAUUUGGCUCAUUUUCCUUUACCACCUAUCAUGUCACUUUUAUUUCGAUCAAAGAUUACAAAUCGACGGGUACUUUUCCCAUUCAAUCCAAUUACUGGUGUUCCAUCGCAUGAAAAAGGUAUGGAUUUGUAUACAUUGAAAUCGGAUAUUAUUCAAACUGUCUUGGAACCUGGUUCUUUAAGCGAACGAUGUGAAUUUAUUAGACCUUUGUUGUUGUUGAGGGCCGAUUUAGACGUUGAAGUUUAUCCAUCUACUUGUGCCGCUACAUAUUCAUCAUCGGAUUCACAGCCUUUAUAUAUUUUUACUAUUGAAAGUGAACAAGCUCGUCUUACCGGUUAUCGGAUAGAUCCGGUAUCUUCAGAUGGUAAAUCUUUAAAAGCUACACGUGUCUGGCGAAUGUUAUUGAGUCCUGAUUCUAGUCCGGUUAACAAGCACAUCAUUGUCUCUGCAGCUUCACGUCCACCUUCUGAACAUAUUUAUUCAGUUGGUCGAGUAUUGGGUGAUAGAAGUGUUCUUUAUAAAUAUUUAAAUCCUAAUCUCAUUGCAGUACUUACUAUUGGUGGUGAUAUCAGCAGUCAUACAAAUACUCUGGUAAUUUAUUUAAUUGAUGUUGUAGCUGGUCGAAUAUUGUAUAGUGCUGUACAUCGUCGAUGUUCUGAACCUAUUAGUCUAGUGCAUUCAGAGAAUUGGAUUAUUUAUACUUAUUAUAAUCAUAAAUCAUUACGCAAUGAAGCUACUGUUAUUGAAUUAUAUGAACCGACUAAAUUAUCCGGGGAAUUAUGUGCUAGUCAGUCAAUUCCAAGCCCUUGGCAAUUAUUUCUCAGCAAUCUUAUUCCUUCAUGGCUGUUAUCUAAUCCAAGUUCAUCAAAAGGAUCUGGUGAUUUAUCGGGUUUUUCACGUUUCUCAUCUUUGUUUCGUGCUAGUGAUGUUGAUGGUUUUUGUGGUUCAACUGGUGAAAAUUCUUUAAUACCUCAAGUUCUACAACAAUCUUACAUACUGAACACUCCACCACGUAGUGGAGCAGUGACUGUUUCAGUUACUGAGAGAGGUAUUACCGCUAAGAAUAUAAUUCUGGCUUUACAGAGAAAUAGUCUAAUUGAACUCCCGAAAUCAUUUUUCGAUCCCCGUCGUAGUUUGGAUAUGACAUCGGAACUAAUGGAAGAAGGUGUUCACCCUUAUGCUCCUGUACUACCAUUUUCCGAUCAAGCUAUGAUUACAUAUAAUCAAUCAAUUAUGCGAAUUCGAGCUAUUCGUACAGCACCUACCGGUUUAGAGUCCACUGGAUUAGUAUUUGCAUAUGGAUUAGAUUUGUUUUUCACUCGAAUAUCACCUUCACAAACAUAUGAUUUACUUAAAGAAGAUUUCGACUAUACUGCAAUAGCUACUGUCACAUUAGGAAUGAUAAUUGCUUCCAUCGUAUCAUGUCGCUUAGCCACAAGACGGGCAAUUCUUAGAGCUUGGGCUUAAUUUCUAGUUCAUAUAGAUUUAUUUGAUUUUUUUUGUUUUUUUUUUCUUUUUGUAUGCUUAUGAAAAAUAGUUGUUUCAUCUAUGUAUGAUUUAUUUGACCAGUAUAAUUCUUCUUUACAUUUGUAAUAUUUUGUAUAUUUUUGUCAAUGUUAUGUAUGUAUAAAUAAAUGUGUUCUCAUUCAUAUGAAUUCUGUUUUGUUAAUGGUUUUUGUUAUAUCCAGAUCUUGAAUUUUCGCUCUACAGUGAACAACUUGAGCACUAGAACGCUUGAACCAUCUAAUUUGCAAGUUAGAAGACAGAAGACCAGUGGAAAGAAAUCUCAUUCCAAUCACUGUCAAAUAUGGUACAAAAACACUUGGGUAUUCAUAGCUUUUAGUAAAAUGAAGUCAUCAUAACAAUCAUCCAAUCCACACAAAGUGGUUUUUAGCAUUUGCCUAAUGAGGAUGCUACACGUCGAGAUUCUGGAAUGCUCUUCUAAACGAUGAUUAGAUGAACUGUCUUCGGUUCUUUCGGAACUUGAGUUCACCGGGAGCCGUUUCUACACCUCCGCUCUUUAAAGUGUCUUAUGUAAGACUUUCCGCUUGGGUUCACUUGAGACUUCUCAAUCACAAUCCUCUUGAAGGUUGUACUGUUUUGCUUUUUCGUCACCUAUGUCUUCGGCUUUUGUUCUCCUCAGGUCUUUUUUAAAUAAGUGCACAUGUAUUUGAAACGUCAUCUUUGUGUAAUCGUUAAUCUACUAUCCCUUUAGAUUUAAUUGACACGUCUUGUAGAGGUCCCAAAACUUAUGCGAACUAAGUACAGUAUUUUUUCAACCUGAGAUUCAAUAACACCCGGUUCCCACUUUCUAUUACCUUGAUAAGUACCCUUUCUCCCACCUGGAAGCUGCGAUUGACCCUCUAAUAUUCGUUUGUGAGUUUAUUUGUCGUCCGGGGUGGUAACAUAAUAAAGGCUGUCCGAACUUCCCGGCACUUUUAGAUUAGGUGUGACUUCGUAGGACACGAACUAGAAUACCUUAUCUCCAUUUUAUCAGAGUCCUUUUUAUCGUACCCUCGAAUCUUUCUACUUGGUCAUUCGAUUACAGGUGACACGAAGGAGACCAUGAUGCGUAAUCCCAUUUUCACUGCAGAACCGUUUGAAAGAGGAUGACUUGAACUGAGUGCCAUUGUCAUUUAUUAAGAUCUCUAGAAACACUAAACAAAAACCUUGACAAUCUGUUGUGUCCUGACGUAUAAUUCCGGCCACUUAGUCAAAGCAUCCAUAACAACCAACUAAUUUCUGCAGUGUAUUGGAUUAGCGAAAUUAGCGUGUAUUUUUUGCCAAGGCCCGUCAGGUUUCGGCCAUAGGAUUCUUUGCGACUUCUAGACAGGACCAACAGCUACGACACUUUUGUUCUAUAUCACAGUCCAUUGACGGCCAGUAUGCCUAACUCCGAGUCAGUGACUUCAUCCUACUUAUUCCCGGUGCCCACUGUGGAACUGUUUUAGAACUUGCUGUCGAAUAAUUCUGAGAAUAACAAUAUGGUGGCCAAACAUGGUGCACAAAUCGACAGUUCCCAGAAAGUCUCGUCGAAGUGAACGUCACUAGUUAAGUAUACAACGGCGAACGGUCCUUUUCACUAGCUUUAAUGGUUUCGAACGUGACCGGCAGUCCCAUAACCGCGUCUGUCAACACUGAACUUCAGCCUCAGCUUCUACAAGCAGCUCUUGUUUUGUAUAUGAGCCAAUUAAUCUUGAAAGGGCAUAUGUCUGUCCGAAAUCCGUUGUCGGUUGGUACUUUAUCUUGAGAUCAUAGCCCAGCAGUGCAGUUGCUCAUCGUUGCAGACGGUCCAGUGUAAACAGGGAUACCCUUAUGGGAGCAUCCGACUAUGUGCAGACUAUUCGACAGGACUAUACGAAGCACUAGAAGCUCACUAGUACUCUUCGCCCUUACCAGAAGACUUAUUCGCAAAACUAAAUAGGAAGAAGUACUUCGCAAAGUUAGACUUUUCAGAAGCUUACUUCCAGAUUCCAGUAUCUGAAGAAUGCAAGCAUUACCUGACUUUAAACGCACAUAAAGGAUUGCUCAAGUGUAACAGGUUCCGUUUUGUAUUAAAGACAGCUUUAUGUGAUUUCACAUCGUUUUCAUAUUUCUUAGUACAGUGGAAACCAUCGGUUUACAAGACAUACCAACUGAAGAUUUCUUUUGUAAAUUGUACCUGUGAUACUGACUAAAUUAUCGUGAUCAUUUAACUAUUUGGUUCAUAUGAAAAUAUGAUGCAGGCCGAAUGUGGUUUUUUUGCUGCGGAUCAAAAGAAUAUUUUAAAAAUGAGUCUGCUCACUAUUUCAUAGUCGUCAGGCUGUAUUUCUGCCACUUCCUCACACCUAAAGUUUGACUUCUCAUCUUAUAUCCACUAAUUAGUAGGUAGACUUAUGUGGAAGAGGGGUAGAUAUGUUUAUUACAUCUUCAUCUCUAAAUGACUGAAGACUGUAAUGGUUAUUGAAGUUCAAUAACAGUAUUUCGGACUUUGUAGCUAUUUGCAAUUUAUUGCGCAGUACUAUCUUGAAGUUGUCUACCGCAGAAGUGUGAUUAUCUGGAGAAUCCGUUUACAAAACUUUUUUGGGGAAGAUGGUAAUAUACAUACCCUUCUCUUCAUUGUUACAAACUGACAGCGAUUACACAGUGUUGCCCAGCUUUUAUCUGUAACAUUUUGAGAACAGCCCUUACAGAGUUUGUGAUGAACAUGUCCUAUCUAAAGUAAAUGGGUGAUUCUGAUUACUGUAUGGGAACACAAACCACCGAGACUGCACCUGGCAACUUUUGUCCUUCGUGUUCGUUGGUACGAGGUGUCACUUAUUCUCUAUCAUAGUAUCUUGUGUGUUUGGACUACCUGCUUUAAAGCAAUAGACUCUAAAACUAAAUCAAUGUCUUAUUAUUAUUCCUCCGUAGGUGUUUUUCUAAGUUAGUUAAAUUUCCUUUGUAUUGCUGCACGAAGAACAAGUGUGGGGUAGAGCCCUCUUGGUGUCUACAAACAAACAGAAAACAACUAAGUUUUUAUAUAACUGCACUUGAAGAUAUUACGUACGCCAGUUGACAUGUGUUCUUUGGUCAACAUGAGUGAAAUACCAUGAUUUAUUGUGAUUAAAAAUAUAGUGACAAACUGCUCUAAUGAUAUCCACACUUCAAACACAAUCGUAGUCGUGAAAACCAAAUGUCUGAACUGACAAGUGCUUUUCGCUCUCGACAUUCCCAUAUAUUGACGUAAUUAUUCAUAUUCUUACCGAAAACGUCAUGCUUACUUGAGCUAUGUUAAGGUUACUAACUUCUGCUGAUCAACGCAUAAAGUUUGUGAUCAGAUAACUUCUUGAUAUAGUCAAAUCAGGUAAUCAUAAUUGAUAAAGGAAGUAAUCUUUGACGGUCAAUUAACUUCUUAUUUAGAUUGUUAUUUAUCGGAGAUUUAAAGAUGGAUGAAUAAUUGCAGAUACACAUUGAACAUUCUAAGACUAGAGCUAAUUUCGGGCUACUGAUUAUGCAUCGUUCUAGUUACUUUGAUGUGUGUGAUCAGUCUCUUAGAAUGAAGAUAAUAGCCCAGUUGAUCUGAAUUAAUGGUUAUAAUAUGUAGCACUUAGACGGUCCAGAUCCUUGUUGUCGUCGACAAAGUCAAUGCGUUGUGAGCUUCUACUUUAUUAAAUUGUUUCUGAGGACACUUGUCCAAAACAUAGAUCACCUAGACCUUUGAAUAGUAAAAAUAAAUAACAAGACGAAUUGACAAACAUUAGUUAUUUUAAUGCAAACUGGAGACUGACUGUUUAAUACAAAUACCCUGUUACAGAGAUAUGGUCUAUGGGGAUGAAUAAAAAAUGUCUCAUAUAUUAUUUUGUAGACAAUGAACCAGAUAAUCUAUGUGUAUCAGCAUUUUAAUAUACUGUAAGGAAUUGAUCGGUUUAAAGAACCGUUUGUAAGCUUAGAUAGUAGCAAUCGAGUUUUAUCCUUAGAUAUUAGGAAUUAUAGGUUUUAGCGAACUUAUCUUUCAUUUUUUCUUGAUUGCAUUUCAAGACAUUCAGCAACCCAUAAGAGUUUUCUAAUAGCUAUAAAAUUCAUACGUAUUAUGAUUACAUAAUACUUUCGAGUAGGCUUGUUGUGAUUCGGCAAUCGCCUUAUCAUAAGAAUUCCGAACGACUAGCUUCUUGCUUAGUGAAUCAUUUAUUUUCGCAAGUUUCUCCGAAAUAAUCCUCAUGUCAUGCUGUAGACGGUUUUUUUCAUCAUCUUCCUCAAUAAUUGCUUUCUGUAACUGAUCUCUUUUCUGACACAAGUCUUCUAUCACUUAACCAUAUCAAGCAUUCAGAAAAUUGAUAUUACGUUUUACAAGUUCGGUGUUGUGCUGCUGAAGAAUUUGUGCGUCAUGUGCCAUUUUCGAAAUUGUUGUGCUUUUGGUGCUAGGAUCCGUGCUAAUGUUUCUCAAUAUCCAAUAUCUUUCCAACAAACUGGUAUUAUGUAUUUGAGGAUAAGGCGGUGUUAUGGAUCCUCAAAUUGUCCAGUGGGUGUUGUGAAUUCACUAAAUGUAUUAAUUCAAAUAUUUUCAAUAUUUAUUUGAGGAUUGAGUCUGGUGUUGAAGAAUACAUGUUUACCUAAGUUCAAAUGGUUGUGGAUGGAAUAGAAGAAGCUUUCGUUUAAUCGGUUUCCGUAUCUAGUAGCAGUGGAUCACCAAUACCUCCAGGCAGGAACCUUGGCAUAUUAACGAUGAUAGAGGAAAAAGAAAUGGGUAAAUCAUAGUGACAUAUUAUCCUAAGUCCUUAAGUAUAGGUCAAGUUUCCACUUAAAGGGCUCCUAGGGAAUUGCUUUGACUGGCUCAGCCGACAGCGAAUUCCAGCAUUUGACAACUCUGAAGGAGGGGAAGUUGUGUCUACAGUCCGUUCUGCUGUAUUGCUUCUCUAGUUUCUGGGUGUUACCUUUUAGGUUUGUGUUGGAGCUAAACUUAAGUAUGUCAAAGUGUUAAAGAUAUUGUAAGUCAUUAGAAGACCACCUAUAGGAUGCCUAUACUCCAAUGGGCAAAUGUUUAGUGAACGGAGGCGCUCUUAAUAAGGCUUGGAUUUGAGUCGCCCAACGGAUUUCGUGUCUCACCGUUGGAUACGCUCCAAAGUAUCCUUAUCCUUUUUGGAGUAAGGCCGGAAAUACUAUGUUUCCGAACUUUAGAUGGGGACGAAUGAGACUAUUGAAGAUUAUGUGGAAAGUUCUCCCGUCGAACUGGACAAAAAUACGCUUCAAUGUGACCGAAAGACAUUUUUGUCACAAUUAAAGUAAAACUUCAAACCGUAGGGUACCAGCACUCCUAAACCUUUUUCAACUUGAGAGACUUCUGUACAGGAGUUUCCUACGUUGUACCUGUAGUCCGCAACUUGUCUCAGAUGGACUACUUUACACUCUAAAGUGUUCAACGUAAAUCCAUUACCAUCUCCCCAACUUUGAAGCCAAGUCACAUCCUCCAGAACUGCCAGUAUAUUCUCAUGGUUGCGUACUUCUCUCCCUCUCCAAAUUUUCACAUCGUCGGCGAAAAGUAAUAAGGCAGACGAUACCUGUUGUGGAAAAUCAUUUAUAUAAGUCAAGAAAAGAAUAGGCCGCAAUACUUACCUUACUAGGACAUUCCAUGGCCUGAGAGAAAGUGAAGUUACUGGUAAGGUUACUGGAACUAGCUGUUAUCCUGUUACUUGGUGGCCAAUCGAUUGGUCAUAACAAUUAUGGUGAAAAAUUGUAUUGCAGACAUGACCAUUUAAUGUGAGAACACCAUUCACGAUUAGGAUCUGAAGUUAACCGACCUAGCCAGUCAUUCCCACAGAACGUAGAACCUGACAUAUACAUGGAUGAGUUUGAGCUGAUAUAUGACAUUUACAUGGUGAUAUGCCAGAUUAGUAAGAUUAUCAACAGAAUUAAUGUUAAAAGAAAAAAUAAGUGCCAAAUAGAUGGUUCUAGAAGAGAAUGUGGACUAGUAGAACAAAAAUUUCAGGAUCUUAAAAACCAGAAAGACUGAAUUCAUUCAUGCGAAUACGAACGAUACUGAGUCAUUUUACGAAAACCCGCGACAGCUGGUUACGAUAACAGCGCAGACCCCAAAUAAGCCUGAGUCUGCUAACAUGGCUCAGUCCAGCAGUCACAAACUCCAUAGACUGUUGAUGCAUAUUUGGUCAGCCUUGCCUAUGUCUAACUUUCCCUACACCGGCCAUCGUACGUCAAGCUAGAUAGUGGUCGAAGAUACAAAACAUGUCUAACUACCUCUUUCAGAUGAGUUUCAGUACUGUAACUGGGUAUGGUAGGUCUACUUGAGCCGAAGAGAGAUAGUGUGACCACCUAUCAUACCUCAAAUCCACAGUCAUUUAUGUCCUUUUGUAGUGGUCACUUAGUGCUGCUUCUUUGGCUGUGUAUGAGAUAAAAAGAACCUUAUCCCAUAAAUUGUUUAUUUAAUCACAGAGAGAACAGAGAUACAUAGAGUGUGGAUAGAUUGUAACGUGAGCCAAGGUACGUUAGGGUCAUAUCUCACUCUCAUUCGUUUCACAGUUCUUUAGUGAUUUGAUUCACAGGCAUCAUUAUGUGUCUGAAAUGCGUAAGCCAAUACGAAUUUCUCGUUUUGGAAUACUUAGAUCGUACCAUUUUAAGUUCAUUUUUUCUUAAAAAUAUCCUGAAUAUUUCGUGUGUCUUUUUAUUCAGUAGGAUAUUCAUAACUUUCUUGUAAAACGAUCCACAAUUGCCCGUAUCAUGAUUUACAGAUG